AGCAGCGAGGACGCUGCCGCUUCUGUCUAGCCGGUGAAUCGAGUGGGCCCACCGUGCCUGCCUCCGUAACGCUAGAUGGCAUUCAAGUCGCACCCCGUUACCGAGCGGUUGUGUGUUCCGUAGCUUGUCGUCGUUCUAACUUUCCGCGUGCUCCUCUCGUUCGUGAAGAACGUUACAAUUGGAAGUUGCUUUUUGUUUGAAAUUAUUUAACCGUCAACUCGGUUUCGACUUUAAUAGCCCACCUUGCAACGCCUUUACGCUUGUAAAUUUUCUUUCGAGGGGUCGCAAAACAGUGUUGGUGUGAUAAAAAAAUAUGUGAUUUGUGUUGUGUUUAUGUUUGCAAUGUGUGGUUUAGUGUAGACGUGGGUGGUUCACGAUGGGAUACACUACGAAUGGCGCGGGUCGGGCAGCGCACGAGGCGCUGUUGGCGCGACAGGAUGCUGAGCUAAGGCUCAUGGAAGCUAUGAAGAGAAGCCUCCAAGCAAAGAUGAAAAGCGACAGAGAAUAUGCUCUGGCGCUAAGUGCUGCGGCUGCGCAGGGGCAGAAGAUGGACAAAUGCGAAGAGCUAAAUGGAUCGGUGAUAGCGGCAGCAUGGCGUACCAUGACCGAGGAGUGGGAUAACACAAGUCGUCUCAUCAAAUUGAAUGCCGAAGCUCUCGAGUCUCGAGCUCUUGAUCGCCUCACCACACUGAUGACAGAACGAAGGAAGGCGCGCAAAAUGUACCAGGAGGAUCAUACAAAAAUCUCUUCUCAGUUCACACAGCUAUCCGAAGAAGUGCAGAGAAAACAGAGCGAGUACCAAAAGUGCCUUGAGUCUUACAAACAGAUGCGGGCCAAGUUCGAAGAGAAUUAUCUCAAAUGUCCAACUAGCAGGGGAGGGAGGAAAUUAGAUGAGACGAGAGACAAAUAUGGCAAAGCGUGCAGGAGACUCCAUCGGGCACACAACGAGUAUGUGUUAUUGUUGGCUGAGGCGACCGAAUGCGAACGAGCCCUUCGGACUGCAGCCAUCCCUGCGCUUUUAGAACAGCAACGUCGCCAGGGGGAAGCUACUGCUACUUCUUGGAAAGGGAUCCUUUUAGAAGUGGUGCAGCGGUCAGACUAUAGUACCGAAAAGUUCAGGGAGAUCCAGACCAAAGUCGAGACUACAGUGCAGAAUCUGAGGCCACAAGACGAGUACAAAGAGUUCUUAGAGAAGUAUAAAUCGCCUCCAUCGACACCAGUGAUAUUUACAUUUGACGAAAGCCUAGUGGAAGACACGAGCGGUAAAUUACAACCAAAUCAACUGACAGUCGAUAAUCUCACAGUUGAGUGGCUGAAAGAGAAACUCACAGAGCUGGAGGCAACAUUGCAGGACAACAGAGAGAAACAGACCGCUUUGCAGGGACCAGAAAUUAUAGGGAAUGGGGUUUGCAAAAACAACAAUACCGGACUCACGAACGGCGUAAAUGGAAUCGACAGGCAUUCUCCUCCGCCGAUUCCCGUCACAACAUCGGAGCCCAUAAAGUUGUUAGAGCUACGCGUAGCAGAACGCAAAUGUGCGAAACAAGCGGAGAUGAUACGAUCCGCGUUGGCCGAACUAGGAUGUGAAGAAGCGCCCAGCGGCUGCCCGGAUCUGUCGGCCGAGACAGUCGGCGUUGAUAGCUUAGACGGAAGCUCUCCCGAUCAUCAGGUGAGCGUGAGUGAGACAGAGCGUUCUCUAGUGGAACAGGAGUGGUUCCACGGUGUAUUACCACGCGAGGAGGUGGUGAGGCUGUUGCGUAGUGACGGAGACUACCUAGUCCGUGAAACAACCAGGAACCACGCGAGGCAGCUAGUGUUAUCCGUUUGCUGGGGACAGCAUAAGCACUUCAUUGUACAGACCACGCCAGAGGGUCACUAUCGUUUCGAAGGAGCAGCGUUCCCGUCCGUGGCCGAGCUGAUAGCGUGGCAGAGGGCUAGCGGCGUGCCCGUGACGGCGCGUUCGGGCGCGUUACUGCGGCGCGCGGUGCCCAGAGAGAACUGGGAACUCAACAACGAUGAUGUACAACUGCUCGAUAAGAUUGGAAGGGGUAAUUUCGGUGACGUGUAUAAAGCGCGUCUGAAGACGACAGGACAGGAGGUAGCCGUGAAGACGUGUAGGGUUGCGCUACCAGAGGAGCAGAAGCGGACGUUCCUACAGGAGGGACGGAUCCUCAAGCAGUACCAGCACCCUAACAUCGUCCGGCUUAUUGGCAUCGCCGUACAGAAGCAACCCAUUAUGAUUGUCAUGGAGCUCGUUUCAGGAGGUUCUCUUCUCACAUACCUCCGUACGAGGGCAGCUGCGCUUAGUUCUCGCACGCUGAUGGCGAUGUGCCGGGACGCGGCGGGGGGCAUGCGGUACCUCGAGUCCAAGAACUGCAUUCACCGCGACCUCGCCGCCAGAAACUGCCUCGUCGGAGACGACAACAUUGUGAAAAUAUCAGACUUUGGCAUGUCUAGGGAAGAAGAGGAGUACAUAGUUUCCGGAGGAAUGAAACAAAUACCUAUCAAAUGGACGGCACCUGAGGCAUUGAAUUUCGGAAAAUACACUUCGCUAUGUGAUGUAUGGAGUUACGGAGUAUUGAUGUGGGAAAUAUUUGCAAAGGGAGACACGCCAUACGCGGGAAUGAGCAAUUCAAGGGCUAGAGAAAAAAUCGAUACCGGAUAUCGUAUGCCAGCACCGGAAGGAUGUCCCGAAGACGUGUACGCACUUAUGCUGAGGUGCUGGGAGUAUGAGCCUGAUAAGCGGCCGCAUUUCCACCAGAUAUACACUAUCAUAGACAGUAUAUACAAUAGAUAAGAAUUCAGUGCAAGAUAUUCUUCAGUGUCCGAAUAUUUUUAAGGUUACCGAAAUGCAUUUGAGUUCGUCGUUGCUUGGACAUCUUCGAGAAUUUUUUAAAAACAAAUUGUGUCUAAAAUUGUGUUUCAAAAAUGUUGGAAAAAGUAUUUUUUUGUUUACAAAGCCAAACAAUUUUAGUAAGUUUUACGCGCCUGCAAUAACACGAUUGCAGUUCGAACCUCGCGUUCGGGAUACUGUGCCUUUACGAUUUUCCAGUGUAAAAUUGCGUACAACACAUAAAAUGAAGGGCUCAUUUUCGUUUUCGAGAACAAUUUCGUUACACCAAUGCGAAGUGCCGAAACAUAAAUAAGUAAUGAUUUAUCUAAAUGACUAUUGGUAUUCGGGACUCAAUAAAUAUCUUUCGCAAAGAUACUACUUCUGAUAGGGAAUCAAACACUAAGUCCGUGUUGCAAUAAUCAGGGUAAUUAAACAGUCGACCAACAAAGCAAUGUUCAUCUCAGUUGUACACUGGAUUUGAAGAUAACCUUACCUUUGGCACAAUUUGCGGUAUUAUUUUUGUGCUAGUGGUGCCAUUACAGUAUUCAUUUUAAAAUCCAUGGACCAAUUUAACGACCAUUUAAAAUAUAAGGCGAUUUUAAAUUAUUAAAGUUAAAUAUAUAUUAAUACGUGAAGCAAAAACUUUGUAUCCCUUUUUACGAAAAUUGCGCGGACGGAGGAGUAUGAAAUUUUCCACACUUAUAGAGAAUAUAGAGAAGAAGUGCACAACGCUAAUUUUUUUUUUAAAUAAUGCAUAAAAGAUACAUUAAAUCAAUAAAGAAAUCAUUACACACACUACAAACCAUGUAUUUGACGCACACACGCAUGCAUGCGUUUUUGUCAAACUUUUGCUCUUGAUGUCUGUUGUCAAAAAUUUGUGAUUAUACAAACUUACAAUUCCAAUUAAUUAUAGUCGAAUUUCGACUACUGCGGGACCUCUAGUUAAAGUUAAAUCAAUCAAACCAUAUAAUAUUGGUUCUACCAGUAAGUACCUACGGACGCUUUUUAAAAUUAUUUUGAUUGUUUGUAAAUAACCUUUGAAAUUAUGAAUGAUCUGAAAUAACAACAACUGACAAUAUUAAAUCGCAAACUUCUUUUAUUAUGUCCGGAACCUUGAAAACUUUAGAAAAGAAGAUAAAAACAUUUUAUUUAAUAAAAAAAAAUGUAGGUAUAUACUGAUAAACUUUAAGUCAAAAUAUUUAUAAUUUACACUUACAUUCGCAGUACCUACGUACUGUAACAAUAAGGUGUGGAUCUCCUUCGAGUGGCUCUUUUUAAUCAAAAUUUAAACAUUACAACAUUUCAUUAGAGUGUUUUUAGUUCAUAAAUGUUAUUUUAACUAUAUUAAACCUUAUAUAUUGUUUAGUAUUAAUUCAUAAAAAUUUUAGAUAUUCAUAUUCAGAACGUGUUAGGAUUGUUAUGUAUUGUAAGAAAUGUAUGAAUUAAAUGCAAAUAUUCUAAAAAAAAUUGAGUUAUGUAAUUGACUAACCAUAUUAUGUUACACAAAAAACAAUAUAUGAGUCGUCUAUUAUUUAAUGCAGGUUUUGAACCGUAUUCUUUGAAGGAGACGAUUAUAUUCAAAUCAAUCUGUAUUGACAUAUCAAUAACAUUUUUUUCUCCAAAUGCACAGAUUGCCACCUUUGAUAAAGGUUAAUACUUAACCUGUUAUUUAUCUAAGAUGUCGUUCAGAAGAGUUUUGUGACUGCAAUGGAAUACAAAGUCAAUAAUUCGUUUUUCUGAUUUACCAAUAAUUGUCCAAAAGUCACAUUGCCGGCUUUGAUAAUAGUCGACUCAUAUGGCAGUAACACGAUCCAAACAUUUAAGUACGUAAGUGCAUAAGAUUAGACUAAUGAUUGUAAGGAAUUAAUGACUUUAUUUCAUCAGAAACAGACUUUAAUAAUAAACGUGAUGUAUGUUAGGAUUAGGAAUAAUUAGACCGUUUUACGUCAUUUUCAUUUUUUUUUUCAAAUGAAAGAACCAAUACACAGUGUAACUCAAGAUUAGUUACACUGCCUUUAAUAAUAUUAACGAAAAUAAUUAAAUUAACCCAAGUAUUGUUUAGUUUAUUUGUUGAAUGUUGCUCGGAUUUAAAAGAAUGUGAUAUUAUUAUGUGCUUCCACGAAUUUAAAAAAAAUAUCGUUAAAGGAAAAGUUUUUAUUUUAUUCAAUUUCGUUUUCUUGCCUCUUUUGGCGUUUUAAGCGCCAAUCGUUUUGGCGGUACAAAAAUUAUAUUAGAACAGAAAAAAAAGUGAGCAACUCGUAUUGAUAAAAAUAUAUUUUAUGUAAGGAACAAAAGUAUUUGAUAUGUAUGAUUUAUUGUAAAUAUCUUUUCGUACAAUAAAGUGCCAGAUAAUAGUAUAAA